GCAUGAGCCUCCAGUUUUGAACCUAUAACGCAACAAUGGAAGCAACUAAUUAACACUGUUAUAUAUUUAUAUAUAUAUGUUGUAGCACUGUUAGCUUCAACUCCCAAACCGUUCGAUUUUUGUUCGUUAGAAGAAAUCUUCUCUCUUUGACCUUUCAAAUUACCCAAAAGUUGCUUUCCUCUUCUUCUUCUUCUUCUUCUUCUUCUUUAUUGCUUAAGUAUCUGUCAGCAACCAUAACAAGUACUAUUUUCCUUUUUCAAUGGCAAAAGCAAGCAAAUUUUUGAGUUUCUGAAAGCAAGAAUCACAACCCACAAAUUAUUUCCACUGAUCCUGCUGAAUCACACCAGCAAUUCUUCUUUGGAUUGUUACCACCACGCCAUCAAAAUCCUGGAGAAUACAGUGUAAACUGGGUUCUAUCGAACUAUAUCCUAAUCAAAUCAAGGCUUGAUUAGUAGAUUUCAAAGCAUUUUUUAAGGUCUUUGUCCUUAGAUUUCUCAAUUAUUUUUACACGUGGAAUAUUUAUGGAGGACUCAAGUACAGUUAGCCGAAGCGGGGACAGAUUACUCAAACUGCACGAGUCAAAUGGGGUAGUAGACCAGAUAUCUAGUCCAUUAAGAAACGAAGUAGUUAACAGGUCAUCUUUUACAAUGAGGUCUCAUGAAAAUGAUGAAAUUGACUUGGAAGGUGGAAAGUUAGAAAAGGACAGAGAUAAAACAACACGCAGUAAUAGAGCCUUAAAAAUACAAAAUCAGGCUUUAUUAUCCGGCCUUGCAUAUUGCAUUUCCUCCUGCAGUAUGAUACUUGUGAAUAAAUUUGUGCUUUCCAGCUAUGAUUUUAAUGCUGGGAUAUCUUUGAUGGUGUACCAGAACUUUAUCUCAGUAAUUAUUGUGUCAGUAUUGAGUUUUCUGGGCAUAAUAUCAACUGAACCACUAACCUGGCGAUUGAUAAAGGUCUGGUUGCCUGUGAAUGUUAUAUUUGUUGGGAUGCUUGUUACCAGCAUGUUUAGUUUGAAGUAUAUUAAUGUUGCCAUGGUAACAGUCCUGAAGAAUGUUACUAAUGUAAUAACUGCCCUUGGUGAAAUGUAUCUAUUCAGUAAGCACCAUGACAGCAGAGUAUGGACUGCUCUGUUCUUAAUGAUCAUUUCAGCAAUUUCUGGAGGGAUUACGGAUCUGUCUUUUCAUGCUGUUGGCUAUGCAUGGCAGAUUACCAACUGUUUCCUAACUGCAUCUUAUUCUCUGACUCUACGCAGGGUCAUGGAUACAGCAAAGCAAGUCACUAAAUCUGGAAACUUGAACGAGUUUUCAAUGGUUUUGCUAAAUAAUACUCUAUCACUGCCUUUGGGAAUUAUUCUUAUUUUCGUUUUCAAUGAGGUGGAAUAUCUCUCCAAAACACCCCUCCUGAGAUUACCUGUCUUCUGGAUGGUAAUGACUUUCAGUGGAUUUUUGGGUCUGGCAAUCAGCUUCACUUCUAUGUGGUUUCUUCAUCAAACUGGGGCUACCACCUACAGCCUUGUGGGAUCGCUUAAUAAGAUUCCCCUCUCUGUUGCUGGCAUAGUUCUGUUCAAAGUACCUACAAGUUUGGAAAACUCGGCGAGCAUCUUUUUUGGUCUAUUAGCUGGAGUGUUUUUUGCUAGAGCCAAAAUGCGGGAGAGAUCCUAGUCCUGACGAUUCUGACUUCUAGUAACUCCUGCAUUACAUGAUAAAAUUCCGCCCUCGGAUUAGACUUUGACUGAUUGCUUGUAUACUUCAUAACACUCAGAACUGGUCAAGCAGUUGCUUUGACAAGAGGAGAAAAUCCAUUCAGGUGUACCAAUUCAUGUUGAAACUCCAUGGUGGAAAAGGAGGAUGGAAAUUCAGCCCCAGUGCACUAGUCACCAUCCAGUUUUGUUGUAUUCGAAGAUGCUGCCACAUAAUCUGUUUUUCGUUGGGCAGUUCAUCUUUUUCUCUAUAUAUUAGAUGUCUUAGAAGUAAUAUGUCUGGUUUGGAUAUGGUCUAUCUGCACUACUAAUUGAUUAAAUCUUGAUCUGUAUUUUGUAUUUGCCAGCUUUUAGAUCCUUUGUACUGUAUUCUGUCUUCUAAAGCUGUUGCUUUAGAGCUGAUUUAAUAAAUUUUCUUCUUCUAUUAUUA